AUGAAUUCCUCCCACUUUAUCAGCAAACUCAAAGAGGCCUCCAUCACUCCUGAAGACAGACUGGUUAGGUUUGAUGUAGAAUCACUGUUCACCAGCGUCCCAGUCCGAGAAGCAUGUGACCUCAUAAAAAAGAAACUCCAAGAGGACUCCUCCUUAUCAGACCACACCUCCAUGUCACCCGACCAAAUCCACGACCUACUGCUUACGUGUCUUGAGUCUACUUCCUUCCAAUGGCGAGGCAACUACUACAAGCAACAGGAGGGGGCAGCUAUGGGAUCACCCCUUUCACCUAUUUGGCAACAUGGCAGACACAGCUUAGAUGAUUUUCUCUUUCAUCUCAAUUCUCAACACCCCAAAAUCGCCUUUAUGAUGGAGAAGGAGAAGAAUAACUCCAUACCUUUCUUGGAUUUUCUCGUUACACGUGAACCAAACAACCAACUCUCGCACCAAGUAUACCGCAAACCAACCCAUACUGAUAGGUAUCUUCACUUCAAAUCGUUCCACCACCCGUCUAUCCUACAGUCUGUUCCAAGAACAUUGGUCAAGAGGGCACACUCUAUCAGCGAUGACAACCACCUGCAACGGGAACUGGAUCACAUCAAGUCGACACUCGUGACCAUGAACGGUUAUCCUCCACACAAGAUCAAUACCAAACCAACCUCAUCUCGUCCGAAGGAGCCCACCAAAGCUACGGUUAUCUUGCCUUACCUAGGUCCUACUUCCCACAAACUACAACGCAUAUUCCGAGCAGCCAAACUGAAGUGA